GCUAUCUCCCUUCUUUCUCUUUCGUUUAAGGACUGUAAUGGUAAUAGGCAGAGUAGUGCUUGCCCGAUUCCCCACGUUUUUCUCGAAAUCAAUUAAUUUACUAAAAAUGUCGUUUAAAAAAAAUGAAGGAAAGCCUUAUGCUCCUCGUCGAGAUGCCAGUAACUUCAACAAUAAAAGUCAAAGGGGGGGAGGUUACAAACAGAACGGUCUUAAUGGGAAUUAUUCAAACAAUGGUUAUGGCCGUUUUGGAUCUAAUGGGAGCAACAACAACUUCAAUCGCACCAUGGAAAAACCAAAUUGGGGAAAGGAAACUUUGGCACCAAUAAAUAAAUCCUACUAUGUUCCCCAUGCUCACAUUGCCAAACGUUCCUCCUUUGAAAUCGAUCAAUUCCGUCGUUCUAAAGAGAUCACUGUUGAAGGCGAGGACAUUCCUCAUCCCAUACAAAAAUUUGACGAGUGCAACUUCCCAGAUUAUGUCAUGGAAGAAAUUAGAAAGCAGGGCUAUGAUGAACCAACUGCUAUCCAAGCCCAGGGCUGGCCUAUUGCCAUGAGCGGGAAAGAUAUGGUUGGAAUAGCUCAGACAGGUUCGGGCAAGACACUAGCGUAUAUUCUUCCUGCCAUUAUGCACAUUAAUAACCAGGAAGCCACCAAACGCGGAGACGGUCCCACAGUCCUGGUUUUGGCACCAACUCGCGAAUUAGCGCAGCAGAUCCAAAAAAUUGCGACAGAAUUUGGCAGCUCUUCGUACAUUCGCAACACUUGUAUAUUUGGGGGAGCUCCAAAAGGUCCACAAGCCCGUGACUUGGAACGCGGCGUCGAAAUCGUCAUUGCAACCCCUGGACGGUUGAUCGACUUCCUGGAAAGAGGCACCACAAAUCUCAAGAGAUGUACCUAUUUGGUCUUGGACGAAGCAGACAGGAUGUUGGACAUGGGAUUUGAGCCCCAGAUUCGAAAGAUCCUUCAGCAAGUACGUCCCGAUCGUCAAACCCUCAUGUGGUCUGCCACAUGGCCCAAAGAAGUAAAAAAACUUGCCUCCGACUUUCUUAGCAAUUACAUUCACAUAAACGUCGGUUCCAUGCAACUGUCUGCCAAUCACAACAUUGUACAGAUAGUAGAUGUGUGCCAAGAGCAGGAAAAAGAACAAAAAUUGACGAAUUUAUUGCAAGAAGUGGGGUCAGACGAUGCCGACACCAAGAUUGUCGUGUUCGUGGAAACAAAGAAAAAAGUCGAAACCAUAACUAAAGUAAUUCGAAGAAUUGGUUGGUCUGCAGUUGCAAUGCACGGGGAUAAAAGCCAGCAAGAACGUGAUUAUGUCUUGAAGGAGUUCCGAAAUGGGAAGUUCAACAUCUUGGUAGCUACUGACGUUGCAGCCCGUGGACUUGAUGUGGAAGGGAUCAAAUACGUUAUAAAUUUCGAUUAUCCCAAUUCUUCUGAGGAUUAUAUUCACCGGAUCGGUAGGACGGGACGGUCAGACUCUACAGGGACGUCGUACGCCUUUUUCACGCCCAAUAAUUUCAAACAAGCUAAAGAUCUAGUGUCUGUUCUUAAAGAAGCUAAUCAAGAGAUAAAUCCGAAAUUGUACGAGAUGGCAAGUCGUGCUGGUAACUAUGGAAAUGGUAACAGCAGAUUUUCCAGGUGGGGCACCAGCAAAGGUGGAUUCGGUGGUAACGGACAAAGGACCCAUACCAGAUUUGGGGGUGCUGGCAACUCAAGGUUUUCUAAUGGAUAUAAUAACAGUAACGGAUAUUCUGCGUAAGAGUAUAAUAUCGUUUGACACUGCAUUCCACCAGAUUUGACUUUGUUUCUCUUCUCGUUCUUUAUAAGUUCUGACAGGGUAUUUAUUACAUGUUCAUCUUAUCAUUGGUGACAACUUUCAUCUCUCAUUUCUCUGUGAUAAUGAUGAAAGUUUUUUAUUUAUUUUUAAAUAACCAAUUUUGUCAAAGUGUCGUACGUAAAUGUAACCGGUAUCGUCAUUUCAUAAUAAUAUCUGCAUACUUGUUUUGUUUAAUUUUUAUUAGAAAGAAAACGGUUAUUUUACAUAAAUGUAUUAUAAAUAGAACAUCUUUUAUAAUUUUUAUUUAAAACGUUCAUUGUUUCAACUAGGCAAUUAAAUGGGAAUUCUUAUAUUCUA